UCCCAAACCCGCCCCUUGCCCCACCCCUCCACUUCUAGCCAUGGCCCCCGCGCUGCUCCUGGUCUCUGCUGCCCUCGCCUCUUUCAUCCUAGCCUUUAGCACUGGAGUGGAGUUCGUGCGUUUUACCUCCCUUCGACCACUUCUUGGAGGGAUCUCGGAGACUGGUGGUCCGGGUGAGCUGGAGGGAGAGAGGAUAAACUGGAUUGCCCGCCAGGGAUGGAUGGAUGUUCUGCACGACCACAGUGUCCUUGCAUCCUUAGCGCGAAACCUUGGGCUCCUACUAUUAUUUGUGGGACAGCACAGCCUCAUGGCAACUGAAACAGUGAAGGCAUGGAUGUCUCGGUAUUUUGGGGUCCUUCAGAGGUCACUGUAUGUGGCAUGCACUGCCUUAGCCUUGCAGCUGGUGAUGCGGUACUGGGAGCCUGUACCCAGCGGCCCUGUGUUGUGGGAGGCCCAGGCUGAGCCCUGGGUGACCUGGGUGCCCCUCCUCUGCUUUGUGCUCCAUGUUAUUUCCUGGCUCCUCAUCUUCAGCAUCCUUCUCGUCUUUGACUAUGCCGAACUUAUGGGUCUCAAACAGGUAUACUACCAUGUGCUGGGAUUGGGUGAGCCCCUGGCUCUAAAGUCUCCCCGAGCCCUGAGACUCUUUUCCCAUCUGCGUCACCCAGUGUGUGUGGAGCUGCUGACUGUGUUGUGGGUGGUGCCCACCAUGGGCACUGACCGCCUCCUCCUUGCUCUCCUCCUCACUCUCUACCUGGGCUUGGCUCAUGGACUUGACCAGCAAGACCUUCGCUACCUCCGGACCCAGCUGCAAAGAAAACUUCACCUGCUUUCUCGGCCCCAGGAGGGGGAGGCUGAAUGAGGAGCACUGGUUUCAAGCACCAGUUCUUCCUUUCCCCUUGGAAUUCCAAAUCCCUUAAUAUUUGGGCCCUUACCACUUCAUCCAGAAGCCCAAACCUUGAACAAAAGGGUCUGUGUCCUUUCAUUUGCCUGAAAUUGUACUCCUCACUCCUCGGGGAGUAAAAUCCAUACUCUAAGUUCCAUACUCUAAAUGGAGUCUCAGCCGCUGGACUACAAGGUCCACUUCCCACUAGCCAGGAAGAAGGGCAGCUAACUUAUCUCUGCGCAGUUUAGGGUUUGACCCUCCUUUGGCAACCACCUCACUAGAAGUAGGGUCUGCAAGACUGUUACUGCUACUGUGCCUCAGGGAUCACCUUCUCCAUUUCCUGCCUCCCUUUCCAGUUGCCUGCAAGUUUGAUGCUAGUUGACAGCAGCUCCACGAUCCAGGCUGGGUCUUGUCUUAGGCCCUGGCCCUGAGCUCCACUUCAAACCCAGUUCAGAGAAUUCUCCAGCUCUUAAUUGGGGUAACUUAAAAUCUCCCUGCACCUUCGAGUUACACGUGCUGCAGGAAAAUAAAAUUUAGCCUGGUUUUUCCACACA